CUGUGUUCCGUGUAAUUAACCUGACUCCAUUGUUUUGCGUCAGUUUCUUCCUGAACUUUUCGAGCUUUGAGGACUUUUACCGAGACUUUUACGGAAUUAAAACAUCAUGGGUGCUUGUUUGGCUCUGGGUUCACUCGGAAGUUGUGCAUCCUGUUUGUGCGGCUCGGCCUCCUGCCUGCUGUCAUCAUGUUGCCCUUCCACAUACAACUCCACCAUCAGCCGGCUGGCCUUCUCCUUCCUGCUGCUGCUGGGCACGCUGGUGUCCAUCAUCAUGAUUCUGCCAGGCAUGGAGGAAAAUCUUAAAAAGAUUCCAGGGUUCUGCGUCGGCGGUUCGAGCAUAUUUGGGACAGAGAACAAGGUGAACUGUGACAUCAUCGUGGGCUACAAGUCUGUGUACCGCAUGUGCUUUGCCAUGGCCUGCUUCUUCUUCCUCUUCUCCAUCAUCAUGAUCCGAGUGCGCAGCAGCAAGGAUCCCCGAGCAGCCAUCCAGAACGGUUUCUGGUUCUUCAAGUUUCUGGUGCUGGUUGGUAUAACUGUGGGAGCGUUCUUCAUUCCAGAUGGAGACUUUAAUACAGGUAUGGUUUUAGCCACAGUGAGGACAGUUCUGAUAUUCUGUUCUUGUGUUGUCCCCACAGCUCUCCUCUCCGUCACCUUCAUCAACUACGCUUUGGCGUUUACAGCCGUUGUGCUCUUCUAUAUCUUUUACACCCAACUUGACGACUGCACAGAGCACAAAGUCUUCAUCAGCCUCAACCUCAUAUUCUGCAUCAUUGUGUCCAUUGUGUCCAUUCUGCCCAAAGUCCAGGAGGCACAGCCCACCUCAGGUCUGCUUCAGGCCUCCCUCAUCUCCCUCUACACCAUGUAUGUCACCUGGUCAGCCAUGUCCAACAACCCCAACCGGAAGUGUAACCCCAGCCUGUUGAGCUUGGUCCAAUCCAGCAGAGGCCAUGCUCUUGGUAACACCCACAUGCUCAGUAAGGAUACGGUUCCUCUGUUCAGCAAGGGCAGUGAGGCCAGCGAGGACAACAUUGAUAUUCAUGCUUCUUGUUCUUAA